AUGAUUUUGAGUGCUCUGAUUGUUUUGACAGCGCAAUUUUUUAGCGUACAGGGAGACUUUGUUGUACUUCUUAAAGACAUAGAUUGUCCACUUUUCAAUGAAGAAUAUUUCACAGAACCGGAUACCUACAUCGAUGAUAAUAACGCAAUAUUUUUUAAUACUACAAUAGUAAAAGAGUUCUUACCAUUAACUCAAGGAUAUUUAGGAAUAAUAGGAGCGUCAUUGGGCGAAUAUGUCGUAAACACCGGAAUCGAUGUAGAAAUGACCUUAUGUGACAUGAUGAAUGAACCUGUUAUCAUGGGCCCUCUUCUCCGUGUGUUUGGAUUUUCUGAUGAUAAUUGUCCACCUAAACCGGGUGUUUAUGGCAGUGAAGGUUAUACUUUACCAACAGCUACGUUCCCAGAUGAUUUUCCUCGCAACCAAUAUAAAGCAGUUUUUAAACUUACAAACGAGGAUGAAGAAUUAAUCAUCCUGAAUAUAUACUUUGAAAUUCAAUAA